AUUCUAUAUCUCUCACUUAUGAAAUUGGAAAAUGCACACUUACUGACAUGCCCAAAACAUAUGAACAUGGAUCAGUUAUAGAAGGAAAAAUCAAACUCUCAAAUUUCAAAGGCGCACCAAUACAAAACAAAGUGGUUUAUCUUUUGGAGGGUGAAACCUGGUCCUCAAAACUGCUCCUAAAUCUCACUACAGACAGUGAUGGACUGGCCAGCUUCUCUCUUAAUACGUCUAGUCUUCCUGAAAAAGAUAUUAAUCUGAUGGCAAGUGUGUAUCCAGCAUUUCAUUAUCAUGGUUACAAAACACCUUUCUUCUCUACGGAUAGAAAAACAGUUCAGCUUUUCCGGGCUGCCACUCCAUACACCCCAACAUUAAGUGAACUGAUUAUAGAGAAUAUUGAGCAACCAUUACAGUGUGAUGCUGAGUUUACAGUGACUAUCAAGUAUUAUUUUGUUGGAGAGACUGUUGAAGACUUCAAAACUGACAUUGUCUAUAUGGUCGUGUCCAGAGGAGUGAUCGUUCAUCAUGGAUAUGAGAAGGUUGAAGUGAAGUCUUCUAAUGGAGCAGCAAGUGGCACAGUGUCGUUCAAACUGUCUGUUGGUGCAGAUCUGGCUCCUGCAGUGCAGAUUCUGACCUACUGUGUUCUGCCCAGUGAAAAUGUUGUUGCUCGUAGCACAAAAUUUGACAUUGAAAAGUGUUUCAAAAACAAGGUGUCUCUGCAGUUUUCUCCUGCUAAAGCAGUUCCUGGUGAGAAAAACACUCUCCAGCUCUCAGCUCAGCCUGGUUCACUGUGCGGCCUCAGUGCUGUAGAUAAGAGCGUCCUGAUCCUGAAGCCAGGAGAACGUCUGGAUACUGACAAGAUCUUCAACCUGCUGCCAGUGCAAUCAGUGUCAGAUUAUCCUUACAGCGUUGAAGAUGAGCAGGAGUGUCUGCAUGUGAGACCCCGUCGAGCUUUACUGACAGACAACGCCUAUGAAUCCUUAAAGAGUGUGGGGCUGAAAAUGGCUACAAAUUUGGCUGUGCGAGUCCCUAAGUGUCUGUCAUACAAGGGCUUGACUUAUCACAGAUAUGAAGAUAUAGGGAUGCUUGUGUAUUACAGUCGAUCUGGUAUAGCGCUUGAUUUGAAUGAUGGAGACUCCUCAGUUAAAGUGACAGUUCGUACUGUCUUUCCUGAAACAUGGAUUUGGCAACUUGCUGCAGUUGGUGACUCUGGAUCAGCUCAGGUUCCUGUCACAGUUCCUGACACCAUCACCUCUUGGGACACGGAGGCCUUCUGUCUGUCCUCCAAAGGUCUGGGUCUGGCUCCUCCUGCUCAGCUGACAGUUUUCCAGCCCUUCUUCCUGGAGCUCUCUCUGCCUUACUCCAUCAUCCGUGGGGAGAUCUUUGAGCUGAAGGCCACUGUCUUCAACUAUCUGUCCAAGUGCAUCAUGGUUAAAGUGACUCCAGCUCCUUCCUCAGACUACACUCUCAAAGCCUCCUCUGAUGAUCAGUAUUCAUCCUGUCUGUGUGCUAAUGGAAGAAAAACCUUUAAAUGGAUCCUCACUCCUUCUGUUCUCGGAGUCUUGAAUAUUACAGUCAGUGCAGAGGCAGAGGCGUCCCAGACUGUGUGUGACAAUGAGAUUGUGAGCGUGCCAGAGAGAGGACGCAUUGACACAGUCACACGAAGUCUGCUUGUACAGGCUGAAGGAACUGAGAAGACAGAGACCUACAACUGGUUACUGUGUCCAAAGGGCGACACUCUCUCAGAAGAAGUGAAUCUGACUCUUCCUAAGGAUGUGAUAGAGGGAUCAGCCAGAUCCACUGUUUCAGUCAUUGGAGACAUAUUGGGUCGUGCACUGAGCAAUCUUCACGGAUUAUUACGGAUGCCAUACGGCUGUGGAGAACAAAACAUGGCUAUUCUUUCUCCCAAUAUUUACAUUCUGCAGUAUCUGGAAAACACAGAGCAGCUCACCUCAGCCAUCCGAGAGAGAGCCACCGGCUUCCUUAAGAGCGGAUACCAGAGACAGAUGAACUACAGACAUAUUAGUGGUGCAUACAGCACAUUUGGACACGGAGAUGAGAAUACAUGGUUGACUGCCUUUGUCCUGAGGUCUUUUGGCAAAGCACAGAAAUACAUAUUUAUUGAUCCACAAAUUAUUCAGAGUGCAAAGGAAUGGUUAAUACGCAGACGGGAUUCAGACGGCUGUUUUAUCCAACAGGGAAGACUGUUCAACAACAGAAUGAAGGGUGGAGUGAAUGAUAAUGUGACCAUGACUGCCUACAUUACUGCAUCACUGCUUGAACUGGAAACUCCAGUCACAGAUCCUGUCGUCACUAAAGGUUUAUCAUGCUUGAAGUCUGUCAUUAAGGAUGUCAAAAACACUUACACCACUGCUCUGCUCGCCUACACUUUCAGUCUGGCUAAAGACACGGACACUCGACAGCAGCUUUUCAAGAAACUGGAGGAUGUUGCUAUUUCAGAGGGGUCUCAUCUCCACUGGUCUCAGUCUGCAUCUGCUGAUGACUCUGAUUCUCUGGCAGUGGAGAUCAGCUCAUAUGUGCUGCUAGCUGCUCUCACUGCAGAUUCACUCACUUCAGCUGAUCUGGGCUUUGCUAACAGGAUUGUCAGCUGGCUUGUGAAGCAGCAGAAUGCCUAUGGAGGAUUCUCCUCCACACAGGACACAGUGGUGGCUCUUCAGGCUCUGUCUUUGUACGCCACCAAAGUGUUCAGCUCUGAUGGCUCCAGCACAGUGACUGUACAGUCAGCAGGAGACACUCACCACUUUGAUGUCAAUCAGGACAACAAGUUACUGUACCAGGAGAAGCAGCUGCAGAACGUUCCAGCCAAAUACAGCAUUGAAGCGAAAGGCUCAGCCUGUGUGUCUGUGCAGGUGGCUCAGUUCUACAACAUUCCCACUCCUACUGAAGCUAAAACGUUGAGCAUUGAUGCUAAGUUUGAGGGAGAUUGCAAAACAUUGGAACAAAAUUUCAUUUUGAACUUUACUGUCAAGUAUGGUGGUCCCCAAGAAACAACUAACAUGCUCAUUGUGGAUAUUAAAAUCUUAUCAGGAUUCACAGCUGAUACAUCAAUGCUUAGAACACUCUUUGGUUCAGGAGUAAUGUAUGCUCAGAAGUAUGUGGAGCGGGUUGACACAAAAGAAGACCAUGUCAUAGUUUAUUUAACAGAGAUUCCAAAACAUAUUUCUAUUAAUUACAAGAUGCAAAUGAAACAAGUUCUUCCAGUGAAGAAUCUCAAGCCAGCAGUGGUUAAAGUGUAUGAUUACUACCAAACAAGUGAUCAGUCUGAGACAGAGUACUCCUUCCACUGUCAAUGAGGUCAUGCCCUUCAAUUCUGCAGCUCAUAAUACUGUAUGAGCAGUUAUUUUCAGUGCCAUUGGUUUAUUUCAUGUGCAUUUUCAAAUGUGUACUCAGUGGCACUCACAAUUUUGUUUGUAAUUUGUUCUUGUCUUCUAACAGAACAUGUUUGAUCUUAUCAUAGAAAAUAAAUCAUUUUAAUGUUGUAAAAAUAAUGAAACCACCAAAAUAUUGUACAAUAAACUGUAACGUUUUCAGAGCAUCCCAGGAAAAAGCUGCUCUAUAAAUCUAUGUUGCCUUCAAAAAUCGAUCAGGUGAAGGAGACAGGAAGUGAAGCUGACAUUGGAUUCAGACAUGCCUUGUUGCUUUCCUACCUUGUAAUGCAUCCUCCGAAGGUGGCAUCUUUCAGCUUUAAGGUGCAGCCAGGGAAAAGGGGGGGCUGCACCUCUCCUCUCCUACGCUAAGACGCGAGGAGAGGAAGCAAAGAAAGGAAACAAGGAUGCACAAAUAAGAAAUAAGAAGCACCCAUAGACUACUUCGAAUUCCACAGUUACUGGUGCCAGCCCCUCUUUAACGGAAUGCUUAAGUUUCGAAGUUCAGUAAAGUUGAAAAAAUCAUAAAAAUGAUGCAAACGCAACUAAGUAUUGUAGUAUAACCAAGGAGAACAGUGAACUGGAUUUGACGGCAUUACACUGCAUAACAGUGAAACUAUUGAUUUUUCCCCCUUCUAAUAACAGUGAUGUUAUUGAAUUCUUCACAAUAAAAAUCAUAAAAAAUUAUGCAAGUGCAUUUUUUUUCAAGCUAAGUGUUACAGUAUAACCAGCAGGAGAGCACUGAUGUAUGAACUGAAUUUGGUGACAGUAAAGCGUGUUAUAGUGAAGCUAUGCAAAAGCAAUUUAUUUGCAAACUAAGUGUUGUAAUAAAACCAGCAGGAGAGCACUGA